AUGGCCCUACGGUCUCUGCGGCUGUACGGCUUCCUGGCUGCAGGUCUCUUCCAACAGUCGGCCCCAGAGGCUGUGUCAGGUGCGGACGUCUUGGCUGCCGACGAUGAAUGUGAAGAGGGCUCCUGCGCGCUUGCGGCCUUGCAAAUGCGAGGCAGAGCUGUUGAAGAUGGCAAGCACGUGCCAUGGAUGACACCACCUUCAUCACAAUUGUGGGGCCGGCCACCGUACAUGCCGCCACCCUACAUACCGCCACAGUACUACAUGCCACCGUCCUACAUGAUGCCACCAGGCUACAUGCAGCCGCAGUACAUGCACCCACAGCCACCAGAGCCACACAACAUGCAGCCACAGCAACCACCGGAAGAGCAUCCACCACCCGUGAGGCAGGUGUCAUACUUGCCCCUCUCACCUAGCGGCUGGGGCAUGAUCGCGAAUGACGAAGGCAUGGAGAUCCGGCAACUGCAAUCUGACUUGCAUGGUUGCGAGAAUGCUUGUACAAAUGAACCUGCUUGCCAUAGCUUCGUUUUCUGCACCUUCGGAGGUUGCUACCUGAAGACCGGGCAGUUCCACACUGGGCAGGAGCCCGUUCACUACAGUGGCUUCUGUUCCACCUACUGGACGCCAGCCGAAGACUCGUCGCAGCCGUUGGUGAGGCCGACGCUGCCACCUGUUCAGCAUGUUGAGGUCAAGCAGUGCGGCAAGGACCAGGUACCCGAGCCCAGCGGAAGCUGCGUGGCCUCCAGUGGGCCCAAGCUCAUGACCUUCUACCAGUACAGUGCACAGAAGAACCAGAACACCGACAACCGCGUUUGGGAGAAUGUGAACCUCGCCAAUAUUGGCGGUGUCAUGUUCUAUUUGCACAACGAGGUGGUGGACAAAGAUGGCGAGAUGCGCAACGAGCAGGGCGAUCGGACUCCAAAGUUCAACAUCGACCGCAUCAUGCGGUUCAAGGUGACCAUGAUGAACCCCAAUGCUCUCUGGAAGCAGUACAAGUCGCAGUUCGGGCAAUUCAUCCAGUUCGACUACGGCCAAGCCACUUUUGGAAUGCCGGAUCACGUCGAAAAGUGCAAUGCAAUCUGGGAGACGAUGGGAUAUGAGGUGGGCUGCCAGCCUAAUCCCAUCGGCAUCUCCGGCUACGAGGGAGGCUACUGGACCUCAUGGCCCGGACGCUGCCCCUCCAUGCCCUUCUCAGACAAGGCCCCUCAGGGCGGAUAUGCAAAAACAGCAGAGUGCAUGAAGCGGCAACCGGGAGGUUCCUGCGGGCAGCCGGACGGUAGUGCUACCUGCACCUGGCACAUAGAGCCUGCAGGAUUCAUUCUGCUGAACGACCUCGUGGGCGAGGACCUGACGAAACUAUACAAGAACGGCGGGACACAGUACGACAAGACGACGGACAAGGGCGAGGGUACGGACUUCUGGGACGGCAAGAAAGACCAGGCGAAGUGCAAGGAGCGCGAAGACAAGCUCCUGAAUCUCUUCGCGCAGAAAUACAGGGAUCAGCCAGCGGCACUGACAGACCCGAGGUGUGAUUUCUGGCGUUGA